ACCUCUGGGAGCUAGAAAGGAUUUUCAGUUCAGUUCCUUUGUUCAUCUAAUCGGCUCUUUAGCUUGUUUUGUUAGUUUUCCUUUCCUGGGAUUGUCAGUAGAGAGAUUAUUGUCUGAGAUCUAGGGUUUGGACAGACGAUAAUGGCGGAACAGAAGAAAUGGAGCUGGGAGGUCCCUGGAUUCGAACCUCGGAAGUCAUCUGAGCGUGAUGAUCAUACGCCUGCUCCUCUGAUUCGGAGGUACUCGAUUUCGACGUCAUCGAUUCUGUCGCAGUCUGACUCCUCGAAGAAUGGUUUAGCUGCCAAAGUUCAGAAAUUGAAGGAACAAGUGAAGCAUACGAGAGAAGAUUACAUGGAGUUGAGACAAGAAGCCAAUGACCUGCAGGAGUACUCUAAUGCAAAACUUGAUCGAGUUACACGCUAUUUGGGUGUUCUUGCUGAUAGGACUCGUAAGCUUGAUCAAAUUGCCCUUGAAGCUGAAGCUAGAGUUUCACCACUGGUCAAUGAGAAAAAAAGGUUGUUCAAUGAACUGUUUACUGCUAAAGGAAACAUUAGAGUAUUUUGUCGUACAAGGCCACUAUUUGAAGAUGAAGGCUCAUCAAUAGUGGAGUUUCCUGACGAUUUCACCAUCCGUAUUAACACUGGUGAUGAUUCUUUAUCCAACUCAAAGAAAGACUUUGAAUUUGAUAGGGUGUAUGGACCGUAUGUUGGGCAAGGGGAGCUCUUCCAUGAUGUUCAGCCAUUUGUGCAGUCAGCUUUGGAUGGCUAUAAUGUUUCUAUAUUUGCUUAUGGGCAAACUCAUUCUGGAAAGACACAUACCAUGGAAGGAUCUAGUUAUGAUCGUGGUCUGUAUGUUCGAAGUUUUGAGGAGCUGUUUGAUUUAUCCAACUCAGAUACAACUUCUGCUUCUCGAUUUAAUUUUUACGUUACAAUAGUUGAACUCUACAAUGAACAGGUGCGAGAUAUGCUAUCCGAAACUAGAAGCAGUCUACCAAAGGUCCGCAUGGGACUGCCGGAUUCUUUUGUAGAACUUGCCCAAGAGAAGGUUGAGAAUCCUCUGGACUUCUCUAAAGUUGUCAAAGCAGGUCUUCAAUAUCGAGGAACUGAUAUGGCAAAAUUCAACGUUUCUCAUUUGGUGAUCACUAUUCAUAUACACUAUAGCAAUUGGAUCACUAGGGAAAAUAUGUACAGCAAGCUUUCUCUUGUUGAUUUGGCUGGAAGUGAAGGUUUGCUGGUGGAAGAUGCUAGUGGAGAGCAUGUAACAGAGUUGCUGCAUGUGACCUAUUCACUUUCAGCAUUGGGGGAUGUUUUAUCUUCUUUGACAUCUAAGAAGGAUAUUGUACCUUAUGAAAACUCAAGACUUACAAAAAUGCUCGCAGACUCACUAGGUGGAAGCUCAAAGACUCUGAUGAUUGUCAAUGUCUGUCCUAAUACAUCAAAUCUGUCUGAGACUUUAUCCUCCCUCAAUUUGUCUUCAAGAGCUCGCAAUGCUGAGCUAAGUCUUGGUAAUCGAGAUACCAUUAAGAAGUGGAAAGAUGUUGCAAAUGAUGCACGCAAGGAAUUAUAUGAAAAGGAAAAGCAAAUCUGUGAUCAAAAGCAAGAAUUGGUGGGACUAAAGCAGGCACUAAAAGAUGCUAAUGAUCAGUGUGUCCUGCUGUUCAAUGAAGUCCAGAAGGCUUGGAAAGUUUCUUUUACACUGCA